ACUAUUGGAGGGCAGAUCAUGUACUUAACUGGAAUGGUGGACAAACGGACCCUGGAAAAAUACGAAAGAGAAGCAAAAGAAAAGAACAGAGAGACAUGGUACCUGUCGUGGGCUUUGGACACAAACCAGGAGAGAGACAAGGGCAAGACGGUUGAAGUUGGAAGAGCGUACUUUGAGACUGAAAAACACUUCACUAUACUCGAUGCUCCCGGACACAAGAGCUUUGUCCCCAACAUGAUUGGAGCGUCACAAGCUGACCUAGCUGUUCUGGUGAUUUCAGCGAGAAAGGGUGAGUUUGAGACCGGCUUUGAGAAGGGCGGGCAGACGCGGGAACAUGCCAUGCUGGCUAAAACAGCCGGAGUUAAACAUCUCAUUGUCCUGAUCAACAAGAUGGAUGACCCCACUGUCAACUGGAGCUUAGAAAGGUAUGAAGAGUGUAAGGAGAAGCUGGUGCCCUUUCUGAAAAAGGUGGGCUUCAACCCCAAGAAGGACAUCCACUUCAUGCCUUGUUCUGGACUCACAGGUGCCAACCUCAAGGACCCGGUGCCUGAGUGCCCCUGGUACACGGGUUUGCCAUUUAUUGCCCACCUGGACGGUUUGCCAAAUUUCACCAUCAGUGACGGACCAGUCAGACUACCUAUAGUAGAUAAGUACAAGGACAUGGGGACCGUUGUCCUUGGGAAGCGGAGUCUGGCUCCAGUCAGUAAAGCUCAGCAGCUGUCAUUGAUGCCAAACAGGCACACAGUGGAGGUGUUGAGCCUGCUGAGUGAUGAUGUGGAGACAGAUGAUGCGUGCCCCGGGGAGAAUCUGAAGCUGAGGCUGAAGGGCAUCGAGGAGGAAGAAAUCCUUCCUGGUUUCAUUCUUUGUAGUCCUGACAACCUUUGUCACUCUGGCCGCACGUUUGAUGCACAGAUCGUCAUCAUUGAGCACAAGUCAAUCAUUUGUCCUGGUUACAAUGCAGUCCUACACAUUCAUACCUGCAUUGAAGAAGUGCAAAUAACAGCCUUAAUCUGUCUGGUGGAUAAGAAGUCAGGUGAGAAAAGCAAAACACGGCCACGCUUUGUUAAACAGGACCAGGUAUGUAUCGCCAGGCUUCGGGCAGCAGGAGUCAUCUGCUUAGAGACCUUCAAAGACUUCCCUCAGAUGGGACGAUUCACACUGAGAGAUGAGGGCAAAACUAUCGCCAUUGGUAAAGUGCUGAAGCUGGUGCCAGAAAAGGACUAAAAUGCAACAGUGGCAGCAUGCAUGGAGUUCUUCCACUUGUUACCAGAGGAGAAACACUGCUAGAGCCGACCCAAACAGCUACUCUCUCUUUACACACAACUAUGCUGAAGAGAAGAUCAACCAAGUGUGAAAGAGAAUAAAUUGCAUCAAAUGAAGAAAACGAGACUGAAUCAGUUAUGAACAAUAUGAAACGAGAGACCAAGUACCAGUGUCAGCUUUCUCAUAUUGAGAGCUCAGCUAUGCCACUAAUGUAGCUACUUGUCCCCCUUGUGUACUCCCACAGCUAACCCCGCUGUCGGCUGACCACGCCAUUUGUUUUUAGAAUGGAGAUGGAUGCAGUGUUACUGAGUCUGGGGAAGAAUAACAAAACAAAACAAUGACAGAAUGAUCUCAUAUCCUGCAAAAGACCAGAGUUAGCCUGUAACCAGAAUUUUUCAAAGUGCAUCUCCCCCUUUUUAAAAGUGGGAUUAAGAAUCCACUGGACAUUUUUAUUUGGUUUUAAGGAUUGUUGUACCAAAAUGUUUUAGUUUGGUCUCUCUCCACCUGAGAUGGUUUGAUUGGAUUGAGCUCAGUUAACUACUCUGAUGAACCAAGGAUAAAGAAACAUUCACAGACAGACACAGCUGUUACAUAAUCGAAACUGAAAAUAAAUGAUCAAGCUGCAAAAC